AUUGGUUGACUGGUGACGGAAGCGUAGAAGAAGACAAGCCUGAACGUAAACAUGAACCUAGCAGCAUGACCGUGAACUAGACAAUAACACGAUGUAAACAUGAUUCCGUCAGGCUUUUGAUGAGUGAAUUAAUAUUCCUCUGUUAGCUGCCGCCUGUAACUUUGUAGUUUUAUUCACCGCGUUUGCAGAAACCGGCUAAAUGUCCCGACUUGUCCCGUUUAUCUGCUGCAUGUAUGGCCGGGUCACAUGGAGAGGUCUCCCGCUGCUCACACCGCUCCCACCCGGGCUGCCACGCGUUUUGGCAGUCGGUAAAAAAGACCUGGUUGACUUCCCUGUCCUGAACGAGGACGAGCUGGAGGAGCAGUUUGUGAGAGGAUCUGGACCGGGAGGACAAGCCACCAACAAAACCAGCAACUGUGUGGUGCUCAAGCACAUCCCCACUGGGAUUGUUGUGAAGUGCCAUCAGACCAGAUCUGUGGAUAUAAAUCGAAAGCGUGCUCGAGACAUCAUGAGAGAGAAACUCGAUGUUGUAUAUAAAGGAGAACUCAGCGAAGUUGUUCUAAAGAAGAAAGAGGCUGAGCUGAGGAAACACGAGAAGAGAAAGAAGGCAAAUGAUAAUCUGGAGAGAAAAAGACAGUUUAAAGAGGCGCUGGCUGCAGACUCUAAACCUGGAAGUGACACUGUUUAAACUGUGUGUGUGUGUGGUAUAAACAAAUGAAGAUGUGAAUACAGGAAUGGUCCUGUAUUUAAUGCCUGGAACGAGUCAUAUAGCAUCUUGUGUAAAAUGUGUAAAAUCACAUAAUACAAGACAGAAGAGGUUUUGAAAAAAAUAAAAUAUAGUCUGAAAUA